AUGACCAAGCGAUAUGAUGUCGACCAAGUGCCAGGCGAGUUGCCUUCAACCAAUGUCGACGAGAAUGUCGAUUUGCAACAGUUCCAAGAUCUAGCCCACCAGACUUUGAAAGACCUCGAAUCCGGCACGGCCAAUCUGGUCGACACAGCCUUGUGGAGAGAUUGGCUCGCAUUGACCGGCAAAGUUCGUACAUUCUAUACACGCGAGAAGAUUGUGUCGACAUGGAAGCAAAACACGCCUGGGUUGGCCAACAUCACAUUACAACCCGCGGUCUUGAUUAAGCCGACGUCUUUUCAUUCCUGGAUUGACGUUCCUUUCGAGUUCCUUUCGCCGCAUGGCAAGCUUGUUCGAGCUUGCACCGGUAGGAUUUCUUUCCAGGCACUAUCUGACGGGACAUUUGGUGUUUGGAUGCUCGUGACCACGAUGAUUAGUUUCAUCGGACAGAAUCAUCCUGAUUUCCCUCAACAAGUCAAGAAUGGAUCAGAGAACCGCGCAGUCAGUGGCACAUCGAACGGCUCUCACAACCACAUCAAUGGUAACGGAGAAGACUACGCCUCAAUUCGAUAUGAUGCUAUCGUCCUUGGCGCAGGUCAAUGUGGACUCUCCGCCGCCGGCAGAUUGUCAGCUGUUGGAGCCAAGUAUGCGAUCCUGGAACGAGAAGCCUUUGUUGGAAAGACCUGGACUCAGCGUUACGAGACCGUCAGACAGCAUACGAUUCGAGAGUACAACAAUCUCCCAUUCGAUCGUACUUGGGGAGAGAACGACCCGACUCUGCUUCCGGGUAAGAUCGUGGCAGAGGGAUUCGAUAACUACAUCAAGCGAUAUAACGUUAACAUUUGGUAUCAAGUAGAGACCCGCGCAGCCACAUGGAACUCUGACCGAAGAGAGUGGACACUUGAGGUCACGGUCCAUGGACAAGAGCGUAGGGUGGUGUGUAAGCAUCUUAUUGUAGCCAUCGGAGGUGGAUCAGGCGGUGACAACCUGCCACACCUGGAUGGCACAUCUGAUUUCCAAGGUCUUCUUCUAGGAUCAGGCGCUUACAAGCACAGUCGAGACUGGGCAGGCAAACACGGUGUCGUUGUUGGUUCGGCUACGAUGGCUCAUGACAUCGCCCAUGACAUGUACAAAGCCGGUCUUCGAUCUGUGACCAUGGUUCAACGAAGCAAGACGGCAAUUUAUCCUAUGGAGUGGGUGGCCAAAGGACAGGAAGGUUUAUACAACACUGCAAUUCCCACGGCCGUAGCGGAUGCGCGCUCUGCCAGCCUGCCAAACAAGAUUCUCCGAAAUAUCACUGCAGUCAACUUCAACGCCAGAGGAGCUCUAGAACAAGAGAGAUUCGACGCUCUAGAGCGCGCAGGAUUCCGUGUGGACCGAAAGACGCCCAUGUUUGACAACAUUUUCAACCGCUUUGGAGGCUACUACAUCGACGUCGGCGCUUCCAGCCUCAUCGCCAGGGGCGAGGUCAAGGUCAAGUCGGGGGUCCCGAUUAAAACGCUUACUGCCCAUGGCGUCGAGUUUGCAGACGGAACGGAAAUCUCUGCGGACGUCAUUGUCCUAGCCACCGGCCAAGAGCAUAAUCACACACAUCAGUUGAGUCUUAUUGUGGGUUCGGAUAUUGCCAACAGCAUCGACGGCUUCUGGGGGAUGGAUGAAGAGGGCGAAGUUAGAAACGUCAUGAAAACUGCAGCGCCUGGUCUGUGGCUAUUUGCAGGCAACACACUUUGGGCUAGGUGGUGGUCGAGGUUUAUUGCUCUUGGAAUCCAGUCCGACAUAUUGGGAGAACCUUUGAAGUGUGUCAAUCAGGCUGCCUAG